UUUUAUAGCCGCACAGAGCUAAGAGUGGAGGUCUUCUUAUUUGCAAUAGUAAACAUACUCCUCUCACAGUCAACACAAUCUAAUUAAAGCGAAAAAAUGUCUCUGAUUCCGUUGCUGUUCGAUCACGUUUACCAUCCCACCAGCCUAUUCGACCAGAACUUCGGCCUGGGCUUGUUCGACGAAGAGCUGCCUCUGACCGCCAUCCAGAGCGGCUACCUUCGUCCAUGGAGGCACCUGUCCAGGGCCAACAGCGGCGUGUCCAACGUGGCAAGCAAAAGCGGUGACUUCCACGUCAACCUGGACGUGCAGCAGUUCAAACCCAACGAAAUUUCCGUCAAGACCGAGGAAAAUUUUGUUGUCAUCGAGGGCAAGCACGAGGAAAAGCAGGACCAGCACGGAUUCGUGUCCAGGCAAUUCGUGCGCAAGUACCUGUUGCCUGAUUCAGUGGACAAAGAGAAGGUUGAAUGCAAACUGUCCUCGGACGGCGUCCUCACAAUCUCGGCUCCAAAAUUGGCUGUUGAUAACACAAAGUCGCAGAAUAUUCCCAUUCAGCAGACGAAUCAGCCAGCCAUUCGCUCCUCUGAACAGUCGCACCAAAAGAGUACGGAGGAAAAAGUGGAAAAGAAAGAAAACUGAUACUUUAGACUUAUAGAUGACACUUUAAAUUGGACUUAUUAAAACUAAUUUGAUAGAUGAUAGUUUUUGCCACAGAUCAUUAUACAAUUAAUUAAUCAAAAUUAAAUGUCAGAAGUAUUUUCGUUGUUCAUUUUUUGCUUUGCAAUAACACUGAACUAAUUGGCAUUGCAGAAUGUUUGAUUAAAUUAAUUAAAUUACAUAUUUCUUGUGAUAAUCCUGUAUAAGUUUAUAAAUAAA